AUGACCAAGGCAGUCGACGACAGCGUGGACCAGUUUCAGCAGCUGACAGUUCAGGAAAUGGGAGAUGCCAAGGUUACGUUUGGCAAAGCCCACAUGGGGCGAACCUAUCUGGAAAUGUGGUUGGAGGAGCAAAAUUGGAUCAAAUGGUUCAUCAGGACCUACUCAGACAGCCAAAAAGUGGAACAUCGAAAGCUCCUGAUUUAUGUCGAGAAGAUGAUAUCAGCUCACGAACUAGAGCACAAACUGCCUCCGAUGGAGUCCAUGACACAGGGAGUUGUCAUGCCACGCUGCAAAGGGCAACCGAAAGCCAAGGCAUCCACAGCCGUGGACCCUUUCAUGUUCAUGGAAGCCAGCUCCAACAUCGGGACCGAGCAGUGGGAUGUGAUGGACCCAGAAGAGAUGUUGGCCCACAAUGCCAGGGGACUCGACGAAGAUCCACACCUGGAGAGCAUCGAAGCCCUGCAGGCCAGGAUGUUGCAUGUGGAGAAGUGCGCUGAUGGAGAUCUUGCAGCACGUUCGCCCGGCCAACAACUGAGAGAUAGCACUGAUCAUGCAUGCUUUGCUGGAGACAUUGACAAUGACUUUGAAGAUCCAAUUUUCAACACCACUGUCAACAAUAAUCGCCAUCAAAUUUUUCAUCAACUUGUAGCCCAAUUUUCACAGGAAUUUCAAGAAGUCUCCAAACGCGUAGGCAGCCGAUCAGCAAAGCCAAUUCAGAUGCUCGAGGUCUUCUGUAGCUCAGCAAGUGAACUGACCAAACAAACAAAUAAAUUGGGAUAUCGAGCGUGCAGGUAUGGUUUUGAGCAAGGCGACCUUUCCACCAAAGAAGGCAGAGAAGGUUUGUUUGAAAUUGUCAUUCAACAGAAGCCCAACCACAUAUGGUAUAGCCCGACCUGCGGGCCUUGGAGUUCAUGGAGUCAGUUCAAUGAGAUGAGGAGCACCGAAGGCUUUGUCGAAGUGCAGCGGAAGAGAGAAGAAAACCUUUUCCAGUUGGCCCUAGGACUAGUCCUUUUCCGUGUCCAGCGGAAUGCCGGUCGACAUAUGCACUGGGAACAACCGGCCAGGCGAGCGAAGCUGACACCCGUCAGUCCACUGAUUGAGCCCAGUGAAAUGCCGGCAAAGAAGCGUCGCCUCCAUGAGAAGACCACUGACAAUGUAGGAACCCUUUGCAUCCAACUCUGUGAGAAAAUAUCCAGCUUAGCCACUGAACCAAGUGUUGCAGCCCAAUCCUCGGUACCGGAUGUGCCAACCAAUGGGCUCUCGAGCACACCAGCCUUUGAGAGUCAGCUGCAACCACCGAGUGUCGCAACACCCGAAAGCACCAAGGUUCCAAGUCAAAUAGACUUCGAAAGCAAGGACCAUGGUUCCAAGUUCAUGACAAUGUCACCGGAGAACAAGAAACUUGCUAUUCGACUUCACAAAAACUUAGACCAACUAGCUCAAGAGCAUCCGAACAGCCUGACCAAGAGCCUGAUGAAAAUUCCCAAGGUCAAGUUAAGCACUCUAGAUCCUCAUGAGCGCCAGGAAUUCGAGGCUGCAAAGGCCAAGGAG